GCGCCGUGCGUAAUCUGGAUUUUCGGAGCGGUGUGUGUGUCUGUGCGUGCGGGCGUGUGUGUGUUUAUACAUUACGCGUGACAAGACACAUCAACGAUCAGCCAUCAGGCAUUAACCUGCUGCAGGAGGAAGGUGAGAGGGAGCACAGAGGGGGUGUGUUCGUGAAUGAGAAAGGAGGGAUCCAGGAGCGCCGCUCUUCCCCUCUGGAAAAUUAACGGGUUUAAACCACGCCCACGAGCCGAGCCUCUCAGAGCAUUAGACGCAGAAGCACGAUCAUAUUGAUCCAAACACCGCCUCGGACGCAAACCGAGCUUUCACUGUAGAACUUGGACCAUGCCUGCGCUUGGAGGUCAGAGAUAGGGAUGGAGUCGCGUCCGUGGGGGACCGUCGCCCUGAUCAGCGCCUGCUGCUGCUACUGGCUGGCCGCGCUGGCGGAGGUGACUGGUGAUGAUAGCUACCUGAAUGCUAUUCAGAAUACAGUCCCUCUCUCCUGUUCAGAAGGUUUUACUGAGCUGGGCUACUACAAUGGCACAGUGUCCCAGACAGAUUCAGGCUCACCAUGCCUGAAGUGGACAGAGUUUCCUGAUUACGUGCAGCAAUACCCUGGCCGAGGCCUGGGAGAACACAAUUACUGCAGAAACCCAGAUCGUGAAUCCAAUCCCUGGUGCUUUUUCAGACAGAGCUCUGGUGCCAUUGGCUGGGCUUACUGUGACUGCCACCAGGGUGCAGCCCGUCUGGUGGGGGGAUCCUCCUCUAAGAGUGGUCGUCUUGAGGUGUACUUAAAUGGCCAGUGGGGAUCAGUGUGUGACACUCACUGGACUGACCGAGAUGCCAGUGUGGUCUGCAGGCAGCUUGGUCUGGGUGAGAUCGGCACUGCGCUUCAGCACUCCUACUUUGGUCCUGGUUCUGGCCUCUUUCACUACACGCGCCUUGGCUGCCGUGGCAAUGAAAGCUCUCUUCUGGAGUGCCGGAGCAGGAAGUUUGUAACCAACGACUGUACCCAUGGCAAUGAAGCUGGGGUGUUGUGUGCCCCACCUGAAGGUACCGGCCCCCCUCUUCGCCUGGUUGGAGGGGAGGAGGACUUUGAGGGGAGAGUGGAGAUCUAUCACAAUGGCCUCUGGGGAACUAUAUGCGAUGACCAGUGGGACGACAUGGAUGCUGAGGUUGUUUGCAGACAGCUUGGACUCGGGGGCAUACCAAAGGCCUGGUCAUGGGCUCAUUUUGGACAGGGCAGGGGACCGAUCCAACUGGAUGCUUUGCAGUGCACAGGAAAUGAGCUCUCACUGGACGAGUGUCCUCACAGUGGCUGGGAGCAACACAACUGUGACCACAUGGAGGAUGCCGGAGUGUCAUGCAACCCUUAUACUGAUGGAGUAGUGAGACUUGUAGAUGGAGACAACCCGUGGGAGGGCCGUCUGGAGGUGUAUCACUCUGGAGAUUGGGGCACAGUCUGUGAUGACAACUGGACUGAGCGUCAAGCGCAGGUGGUGUGCAGACAGCUGGGAUUCAGGGGAAGUGCAGAAGUGGCUCCUGCUGGGGUGUUUGGUGAGGGAACAGGCCUGAUCCUGAUGGAUGAUGUGCAGUGUAAAGGAACCGAGUCUUCACUGCUGGAGUGCAAACACAGUGUGUGGGGUCGACAUGACUGCUCUCACAGUGAAGAUGUGGGCAUUAGGUGUCACAGGGCAGAGACUAACGACGUUCCACUUGCCCCAGAAACAACAGGUCCUCUGGUGCGGCUGUCUGGUGGUGACGGCAGAAAGGAGGGCAGAGUGGAGAUAUUUUUGAAUGGAGAGUGGGGCAGUGUCUGUGAUCAUGGAUGGAAUGAUGUCAAUGCUGCUGUCGUCUGUAGACAGCUUGGGUUCACCGGAGUGUCUAAGGCACGGCCAAUGGACUACUUUGGCUCUGGGAAGGGCCAGAUCCAUUUGACCAAUGUGAGGUGCACAGGCAAAGAGUCUUUUCUGGGGGAGUGUCCUGCUAAAGGUCCAGACAGCCAUGUGUGUAAGCAUGGCCAGGAAGCAGGUGUGGUAUGUGGCUAUGUUCCAGAGCCAGAAGCAGACAUUGCUAUUGUGGGGACCCAUACCUGUGGCAUAAGGGGAGGCACCGAAAGACGCAGCAAGAGGAUUGUUGGCGGGAACAAGUCUCUCAAGGGAGACUGGCCAUGGCAGGCAUCACUGUGGCUCAGAUCUCAGUCUAGAGGAUCACAGCCCUUGUGUGGAGCCACACUCAUCAACUCCUGCUGGAUUCUCACUGCAGCGCACUGUUUCAAAAGGUUUGGCACUGAUGCGUCUCGUUAUGUGGUGAAGCUGGGUGACUAUCAUACAGAGGAGCAGGAUGAUUUUGAGCGUGUGCUCACUCCAGAUCAUGUGGAAGUGCACAAGAAGUACAGCAGUGAGAGCUGGGAGCAUGAUGUUGCUCUUAUUCGGUUGAAGGGAGCUGAGGGAAAGUGUGUGUCCUUCAACCCUCACACUAAUGCAGCUUGUCUGCCUGCACCUGGCAGCAAGUGGGGCAAGAGACCUGCUUCAUGUGUCAUCACUGGCUGGGGCAUGUCUGACACUAAUCACCCUCAUACCCUGCUACAGGGCUGGGUUCCACUCCUCCCCUCAUGGCAGUGUAGGAAGCGAUAUGGUGAGCGAUUCACCAGUCAUAGCAUGCUCUGUGCUGGCAGCAUGGCCCCUGACCAACAGCGACAUGCUGACAGUUGUCAAGGGGACAGCGGUGGUCCCCUGGUGUGCCAGGGUGAGUCAGGCCGCUGGGUGCUUACAGGUGUCAUCUCAUGGGGUCACAGCUGUGGAGACCCUUCCUACCCAGGCGUGUAUGCACGGGUCAGCCGGUAUCUUCCCUGGAUCGAGCAGGUGACACACAGCACGGCUCCUCUCCAACACUGAACUACAACCUGACAAAAAAUCACCGGACUCUAGACACAGAAAAUAAGAGCCAGACAGCACUGGGCACCAUGUAUUGCUCAAAUCUGCACUCUGCAAAAGCCGUGGAUCCUACUGUGUUCUAUCCAGUUUUAGCUCUUCUUAUCUGGCAUUGAUCCUUAGCAUUUAGAGAUCUUGGUCCUUAGCAUUUAGUCUUUAGGCUUACACUCUGGAAACCCAAGGUCAUAUUGAGUGAUGUGAUGUGAAGUUUGAGGGAUAUGUGUUCUUUAUUGUUGUGCUGUCCGAAGGCUGCAGAGCAUGUUAAUGUGCAUAUUAUAUUCAAAAGCCAUUCAGUGCAGCCGCCAUUUCCACUGCAUGGUAGAUAAUGCGCCGAAGCUCACUGUGAGCUGGUUUAUUUCUUUCUGUGGAUAUGUCGCUCCUGUACUGACAAAAGCAAAUCAUUUUCUUUACCCUUCGGCUGCUGGUUACUGUUAACCCAUACUUACAUUUUUAGCUCAUUAAGAACAGAAUAUUCAUUAAGAUUACAAUCAGUGUUGUAACAUUCUUUUGUUUACUUGACUGGCCAUUAAAUGUGUAGGAUGUUUUUGUAAACAGUGACAUUAAACAAAGCCAUUAUGCCAUCACACAUGCCUAAGAAACAGGCAUUCACUAAAUGCCAAAUAAUGUUAAUGAUAUGAAAACAACUUACACUUUGGGGCUGACAUUAUAUUUCAUUCCUAAUCGCUCUCAAACAACUCAGCAUAAAGUAAAAAAACAUGUAAUAUAUUACUUUUUUUUAGUCUGUCAUUUUUAGACAGUAGAAGGUGUAUUUGAACUUUAAUAGGGAAUAGCCAUACUUUAUUUGCAUAUGCUCUUGUUUGUGAGAGAAUGAUGACAUUCCAAAUGGCACUUUGCCUGGUAAAAAAAAAAAUAAUAAUAAUUCUUUGUCAAACAAUUUCCCAGUUCCAGUAUUGCCUUCAACCUGUAAGUGUUCAUGUAAUUUCUAAUUGUAAAGAUACUAGGAAAAUUUUCUUUUUUUUGUUUUGUUUUAGGUAAAAUCAUUUUACCUUGUCACAUGUCAUAUUAUUAUUAUUAUUAUUAUUAUUAUUAUUAUUAUUAUUAUUAUUAUAUUUAUUUGGUUGUAUGGAGUGUGUCUUUAUUCAUCCAGUGGGUGGCAAUAUUGUGUUUUCUACAGGAGUGGAUUUCAGCUAUACGGUAGAUCAGGUAAUGUAUUAGUGUUAGAGUGUGUCCUUUGCUUUUGAAAUUAGGCAACUGUUUGUGAAUACAAUAUAAAAUGAAGGCACAAGAUUUUGCUAAACGUUGUUUCAGUGAUAUAUGGCACAUUUUUGCAUUUACAAAAUUUGGGGAAAAUAUGUGUAGUAAGGGCUUUGUAAAAUAUUUAUUGAAAUUGGCUGGAUAUUUACUGUAAAUAAGGAGAUGAGUUGCAUUGUCUUAGAUACACAAGCAUUUUUUGAAUGGCUAUUAAUAUUUGGUGAAAUUCACAAGGUUCUCUGUAAAUAUUUCCACCAGGACAAAUGCCAGACAGCAGGUGUAGAAUAUCUUACAAACGAUUAAAUGUGCAGCCAGUGUUGUGUUACACUUAUCCUUGUGCAUCCAUAAUGACGAGAAUGUUGCCCAUUGGCACAUUUAAAACGUAAUAUCAUGUCCAUAGAUAUGUGUUUGUAAACUGCAAUUUAACAAGCGAUACAGCAUAAGGUCAUUAACAUGAAAAAUGCUAUUAGGUCAAUCUGCCUUAAAGAUAAGGACUAUUUUACAUAUGAAUCAUUUAAAUUAGUUCUACCACUCAGCACAAAUAAUUAUACCUUACCAAAAUUUAAGAUUUUGGGUCUAUAGGCUAGUGUAUUGCUGUACUAUUAAAACAGACAUGUUUAAGAGUAGAUAUCAUGUCACUUAAAUAAAAGAAGUGUGCAGAUUUGAGUGGUUUUAACGGCAGUGCCUACUCUAAUCAGAAUAAGCCAUGUUUUUGUGAUCUGGCCUCCAGUGCUAAACAGCUCUAGGCCUAAAAGUGUUAAAAAAUUUGCUUAAUUCUACAUGAUGGGGAAAUGGUGUGAUGAUGUCAAUUGCAUGUCAUACAAUCAUUUGUUUGUAGGUAAUAAAAAUUCAUCCAGUCUUCUGUAAGUUUUUUGCUAGCUCUGUUAAAAAAAUAAAUAAAUAUGUAUGACGAAAA